CAUCUCCCAGAAGCCCUCGGGGUCCGGGCACAGCGUUGGACCGCUCCUCUGACAGCUGCCGCUAGAAGCGAUGUCCCUCGGCGCCCGCUGGCCAUCUGACUCGCGCCGCUGCCCCACCUCGCUGGAUGUCCGUCCCAGAAGACGAGGACUCGCCAUCGCCGCUCACGCAGCGAUGGCCUCGGGCGAGCAAGUUCCUGCUGUCAGGCUGCGCGGCCACCGUGGCCGAGCUAGCAACCUUUCCCCUCGAUCUCACAAAAACUCGACUCCAAAUGCAAGGAGAAGCCGCUCUUGCUCGGUUGGGAGACAGUGCAAGAGAAUCUGCUCCCUAUAGGGGCAUGGUGCGCACAGCCCUAGGAAUCAUCCAGGAGGAAGGCUUUCUAAAGCUCUGGCAAGGAGUGACACCCGCCAUUUACAGACACGUAGUGUACUCUGGAGGUCGGAUGGUCACUUAUGAACAUCUCCGAGAGGUUGUCUUGGGCAAAAAUGAAGAUGAAUAUUAUCCCCUUUGGAAAUCAGUCAUUGGAGGGAUGAUGGCUGGCGUUAUUGGCCAAUUUUUAGCCAACCCAACUGAUCUAGUGAAGGUUCAGAUGCAAAUGGAAGGAAAAAGGAAACUCGAAGGGAAACCACUGAGAUUUCGGGGUGUGCAUCACGCAUUUGCAAAAAUCUUGGCAGAAGGAGGAAUACGUGGACUGUGGGCCGGCUGGGUACCCAAUAUACAGAGAGCGGCGCUGGUGAACAUGGGAGACUUAACCACUUAUGACACGGUAAAACACUACUUGGUUUUGAAUACACCCCUUGAGGACAAUAUCAUGACUCAUGGUUUGUCCAGUUUAUGUUCUGGACUGGUAGCUUCUAUUUUGGGAACCCCAGCUGAUGUCAUCAAAAGCCGAAUAAUGAAUCAACCACGAGAUAAACAAGGAAGGGGGCUCUUGUACAAAUCCUCCACCGACUGCUUGGUCCAGGCUGUUCAGGGUGAAGGGUUCAUGAGUCUGUACAAAGGCUUUUUACCAUCUUGGCUGCGAAUGACCCCUUGGUCAUUGGUGUUCUGGCUUACUUAUGAAAAAAUCAGAGAGCUGAGUGGAGUCAGCCCAUUUUAAGCCCUUACAGAUACAGUGCUCAGUACUAUUGAAUGUGGGCAUCUGCAACACACACCCCCUAUUAUUUCUACCUCUUUAGGAAGACCCUACUCCACUGAGACUGUGACUUAUAGGGGGCAGCACUUUUUUCUCCCCUCUGGAAACCCAAAUUCUCUUUGACUCUUUUUGUCUAAAAAGUGAUCUGGUCCGAUCUCACAAGGCCACCCAGGGAGACCCAGCACAGUGUUUGUAAAGAAGAAGGGAACCCUGGCCACUUUCACCUUGACGAGAAGGCCUGGCCUCUGACACCACUGUGUAUGAAGAGCUCACCUGGGGCAGGAGUAGCAGGCAGACGCCAGCCUCUCAGAUAUGAGCAGACAUCGGGGAUGUGGAGGAAUUGUCUGUCUGUCUAUCUAUACAGAUAUAUACCAGUGCUUCAGAAAUACACUCAGCCUGCUUUGUCAGUAUUUAUAGUUGAAGUUCGAAAACUCACUGUUCUGUUGUUAAAGUGUACGUGGUGUAAACUAAAGGGAGGCAACUGAAAGCUCAUGAAUAAACAUUUUGAGUUUCCCUAGUGUUGAAGAAAGUCAAUGUGCCUUUUCCUUGUGAGGAGGAUGAAUGAAGUCAAGUGGAGAUGACGUUUGCACUUCAAGGACAGACAAGGUUGCCGUUCUUGCCAUCAUUACUGUUGUGUUAAUCGGUCCACACACAUACUAACAGUAACUCCCUGACAGCCACAGACUUGGGAAUCUUAUGAAAGUUUCCCUUACAACUUGGAUUUGUCACCAGCUCUCAGGACUCCUGAUCCAUAAGAACUGCAACUUGUGAUUAAAGCUCAGCUGUACAGGUCCCCUUACAAAGGCCCUUUUGUUGCCAUCAGCCUUCCAAAGCAAGAAGGAAGCCAGCUAACUCUGUGGGUCCUUACACAAUCUCAGUCUGAUAAAGCAGGUUACCUAAAAUGUGGUAAACUGUCUGGUACACAGUUACGUCUCCAACCUGCAAAUUAAGUCCCUUUUCUUAUUUUAGAUAGGUAAGAGAUUUUUCCAGAUUCACUUGCCACCCCCCGACAACCUUAACAGUGGGCAUUCUGGAUGGAUGGCAUCAGAGGGUAGAGGCUGACACUUGAAAUAGGAAAACUGAGAAGAGCAGGCCCAAGAAAGACUGCAGCACUAA